GCAUCAAGAGGAACUGCUAUGGAGCCCGUGCAAAUACAGGACGACAGCGGAAGUUGCUUGUCCCUCUUAGAAGAUGCCGGCUGCUAUUUCAGCCCCAACGUGGAACCAGAUCACAUCCUUGACCUUCAGAAUUUCAAGGCCAGGAAUGAUGACGUGUUGGUGGUGAGCUAUCCCAAAUCAGGCACCCACUGGGUCUCGGAGAUUGUGUCUAUGUUGGUCAAGGAUAGCUCUGUUCUGCUAGAUGACCCCAUCAUGCACACAGAGUACGUGCCUAUGGCCGCGCUGGACUCUCUGACGUCACCGUCCCCUACAACUCAUGGUUUAAGCACGUCGAUUCCUGGCUCGACUCUUGGCGAGAGGGAAAACAUAACGUGCAUCUUGUCUUUUACGAAGACCUUCACAGUAACUUCGAUGACGAAUUGCGGAAACUGGCCAGGUUUUUGGGCGUGGAGCUGUCAAAGGAGAGACUGGAGGAUGUCAAGCGAGAGACGAGAUUUGAAAACAUGAAAAAGAACAAGCUGGACAUAACUUUAUCCAUUUCCAAGACUGGCCAGACUGCUAUUUAUAAAAAUGGCCGGGUCGGAGACUGGGGCCGAUGGUUCACCCCUGAACAAGUUGGCCAAAUGGACGAGGAGCUGGAGGCCUGUGGUUUGCAUCGUGAUCCCAAGUUCAAAUACAGCCUGGACGACACAGACUAGUGGCCACCGCUCGUAGCUGCCCCGAGCAACGCCCAAGAACGAAAGUUUCAACCAACAAGAUCAGGGCAUAAUGCUGCCGUCUUAUGACAAAAACAAAACCAACAAAACCAACAAAACAAAACAAAACAAAACAAACGUAAAUGCGUAAUACGGUCAAAUAGUGGGGUUUAUUAAAUCAGGGGAGAAACCCUUUUUCAUGGCAUGUCUUUUUAUCUUGGUCUA